GUGUUAGUUUUAGCAAAAUAAGCCCUAAAUCAACAUCUCCUGUGAAUUUCAUUGGAAAGUUCGUAAUAUUUCUCUGAAAACAAGUGACGGGGCAUCGUAAGGAAUCCUAGCCAUUCCCCUUCCUUUUGCUUGUUAUAUCAUUCGCUCUUACGACACGGCGAAUUCGAAAGCGCAAUUGUGUAUUCGAUCAUUCUUGAGAUACGACUCCUACUUUAUGAGUGUGGGUUCGAAAUUUGUUUGAUAUACUCUGUACCGAAUUCCGACAAAGUGGUACAUCACUACGAAUGAAAUGUCUGGGCGACGCACAAAGUCAGGAAAUUUUUAUUUGUAUAUCAGAAAUUUUGCGAAUAAGUUCGUGGCACGGAAGCUUAGCGGGCGUAAAGUAUAUAAAAAUGUGUUGAAUGUGAAAAAAUAAGCGCUGAGAGUAUAUAAUACCAAUUUGUUAAAAGAGUGGUUGGGAACAAAAUCUUAACUGAUUGGAGAAUUGUACCUAACAUAAUUUUCUUUUGUUUUUAUAAAAAAAAGUGAGAAAAUAUGAAAGAUAACGAUUGUUUGCAAAAUUGUAUGCCGAAAAUAAAUUACCUGGGAGUAGGAGCAAACGUUGAAGUGGGCGCAACCAACAAAGUUGGUUAGAGCGGCGACGUCGACUUCGGUAUCAACGAUAACUAUAGCGCAUGGAGUACCAAAAAAACUUGGCUACCGCUAUAUUGAAUACACGAAUGAAUGCCACAAGCUAAGGACCAAAGUGUACUGAUUACGAAAGUAACAACUUAAAAUUCUAAUAAAAAUAGAAGGUUAAAGUGUUAAAUAGUUUGCCGACAUUUUCUUAAAAGGUGAAUAUGAAUUUGUAUGUGCAUGUGUAAUAAUUUUGGUAACCUAUAAGGAACAAAAUAAGUCACAAAGUGUUACGUACAUACAUAUAUACAAACCUUCCAACCUACUUCAGUUUAUAUUAAUAACGCGAGAAUAAGUGCACUAAAGAAAAUCUGAAUGAUCUCUGAUGAACGCAAUUUUUUUCUCGUCGGCUUGAUAAAAAACGGGUAAUCGAUAAAAAGUAAUAUGUUCAUUACCAGUGCACGCCGCUAUUUAAUAUUUUUAUUAAGUCGAAGGAAACUUGGAAAAAGUGUAAGACAGAAACUUGAAAAGGUUAAUGUGAACAACAUGAGACGAUAGAGAGCUUGCUUUGCUUGAUGUGGAUGUCAUCGUACAAAAUGUGAAGAAGCUUUCAGUAAUUGACAACUAUAUACAACAAUAAUAAGAAACAAUUAUAACAUUACCCCGCCAAUACUGUGACUACCCACGAAGAACUUAUUGACCAGCAAGGUCAGGUGCUAUCAUAUCGGCCGUUGACUGCUUGCAACUGGUAGUAGGUAGUAGUGGUGCUUGCACUCACUAAUUGAAAAGUUACAGCUCCGUGUUCUCCCGUUCGCUACAUCUAUUCCGUAAGAUAUUUCAGUCCAUUUGACACGUUGGACGUUUCUGUUCCUGAGGGUCAUCGCGUAUGUGUAAACGUACAAAUUUAGAGUAGCAAGCAGCACGCGGUUGCUACUUAUCCGCAUGUACAUGUUUUCAUAUGGAAGAAAAUAAAUACAAGGUAGAUACAUUAUGUUUGCGGCGUCGACAUACGUAUCUACAGGGCCAGUGGAAGUACCGAAGGCACUCCAAGAAGGAGAGAAGUUCAUCAAAUGGGAUGAUGAUUCCGGUACAGGUACACCCGUCACUAUGCGUAUUGAUUCCAAAGGAUUUUAUUUAUAUUGGAUCGACCAAAACAACGAAAUGGACAUACUUGAUAUAGCCACGAUACGCGACACGCGUACGGGACCAUUUGCUAAAAAACCAAAGGAUUCUAAACUUCGCCAAAUAGUUACGCUCGGAUCACAGGAUACCCUAGAGGAGAAAACUGUUACGAUUUGCCACGGUUGCGAUUUUGUAAAUGUAACAUUUGUAAAUUUUUGCUGUACCAAAAGGGAGAUUGCACAGCAAUGGUGUGACGGAAUUAUGCGAUUGGCUUACAGUUUAGCCCGACUGAAUGGUUCGGCUAACACAUUUCUACAGAAGGCGCGUACCAAACUCUGCCUGCAAGUUGACAAAAGUGGCAAAAUCCCAGUGAAGAACAUCAUCAAAAUGUUCGCUCAAAACAAGGAGGAUCGCAAGCGUGUGGAAAAAGCAUUAGACAUGAGUGGGCUACCGUCGGGGAAAAUAGAAACGUUGUCCAUGCCGAAGUUUCACUUUGAGGAUUUUUUCAAUUUGUACAAGAAUCUAACACAGCGCUGUGAAGUCGAGAAAAUAUUCGAUGGCAUAGUUGGCAAUUCAAAACGCAAAUGUAUGUGUGUCGCACAGCUUGUAGAAUUUCUCAACAAAACUCAGCGUGAUCCACGGCUGAACGAGAUUUUAUAUCCUUACGCGAAUGCAGCUCGAGCCAAGGAGAUUAUACAGGAGUAUGAGCCAAACAAAUUUAACGCACAAAAGAAUCAGCUGAGUUUAGAUGGAUUCCUAAGGUACUUAAUGUCUGAUGACAACCCCAUUGUAGCGCCUGGCAAACUGGACUUAUGCGAUGAGAUGGACCAGCCAUUAUCCCAUUAUUUUGUAAACUCUUCGCACAACACAUACUUAACAGGGCAUCAGUUAACAGGCAAAUCUUCGGUGGAAAUUUAUCGUCAAUGUCUGUUGGCAGGAUGCAGAUGCGUAGAAUUGGAUUUUUGGAACGGCCGCACCGAUGAGCCAGUGAUUGUGCAUGGCUACACGUUGGUUCCUGAAAUUAAUGCAAAAGAUGCGCUAGAGGCGAUUGCUGAGAGCGCUUUCAAAACAUCGGAGUUUCCUGUUAUAUUAAGUUUUGAAAACCAUUGCAAUCCAAGGCAGCAGGCUAAAAUCGCCAACUACUGUCGGGAGAUAUUCGGUGAUAUGUUGUUAGAUAAGCCGCUAGAUUCUCAUCCGCUAGAGCCUAAUGUUGAUUUACCACCACCAUCAUUACUUAGGCGUAAAAUAAUAAUUAAAAACAAGCGAAAACACCAUCAUCAUCGUCAUAAGAAGGGAGGCGCAUCGGGAACCGUAACUCCUGCUGUAACAGUGACCAUCAAAUCGUCAACGACGAACUCAGUUGAUGCAUCCAUUAAAGCCUUAGCAAACCAUCCCGUUAUUCCGUCUACCAUACAACAAAACGUCUCUGUACAGCGUGAGAAUGGAACAGCUGCUGCCGGCUCGGUUACAUCGACCCCACUUGUGACUGGUAAUGGCGAUAUUAACUGCGCAGUAUAUCCGCCACCACUUCAGCAAAUUCGUCAGAAUUCCAAGGAUAGUACUGGCUCUUCCGAUACGGAUAGCUCAAGCGAUGAUGAGUCUAUGCCAAAUGCGACACCCAAUCCUCCAGUUGACGUUGAUCCAACAGCAGAAAAACCACAAAAGGAAACUGAAGCGGCCGCUGAACUCUCAGCGUUGGUUAACUAUGUGGAACCAGUGCAUUUCUACACUUUUGAAAAUGCGGAAAAAAAAAAUAGGUGCUACGAAAUGUCUUCAUUUGAUGAAAAACAAGCCACUGCGCUGCUCAAAGAGCGUCCAAUCGAAUUUGUGAACUACAAUAAGCACCAGCUUUCCCGAGUUUACCCAACUGGUACCCGCUUCGAUAGUUCUAAUUUUAUGCCACAGCUCUUUUGGAAUGCCGGCUGCCAGCUAGUUGCUCUCAACUAUCAGACUUUAGAUUUAGCUAUGCAAUUGAAUUUGGGUAUCUUCGAGUACAAUGAUCGAUCGGGCUAUUUGUUGAAGCCAGAAUUUAUGCGACGCACCGAUCGGCGUCUGGACCCUUUCGCCGAGAGUACGGUUGAUGGGAUUAUUGCUGGUACUGUGUCUAUAACAGUGUUGUCUGGUCAAUUUUUAACGGAUAAGCGCGUUGGCACAUAUGUUGAGGUGGAUAUGUUUGGUCUGCCGGCUGAUACUGUGAGAAAGCGAUUUCGCACGCGAAUCGUGCGUGAUAAUGGUUUAAAUCCAGUUUUUGACGAGGAACCUUUUGUGUUCAAAAAGGUGGUGCUGCCCGAACUAGCCAACAUACGCAUCGCGGCCUAUGAAGAGGGAGGUAAAUUCCUUGGGCAUCGCGUUCUUCCCGUUAUUGGAUUGUGUCCUGGGUAUCGGCAUGUGAAUCUUCGAACUGAAUCGGGACAACCAAUAACACUUGCAUCCCUCUUUCUAUAUAUUGUGGUUAAAGACUAUGUGCCAGACGAUCUGUCCAAUUUCGCCGAAGCAUUAGCCAAUCCGAUUAAAUAUCAAAGCGAACUCGAGAAGCGGGACAAACAAUUGGCAGUGUUGACCGAGGGUACCGAACUGAUAUCAUCAGAGGAGGAUAUAACAAGCUCAUUCGUUUUUGUACAAGUAGGUGGCCAGAAGAAAGAGCUACGUCCAGUUGAGUCUACGACAAUGAGCCCGAAGCAUCGAGCUAGCAUUACAGCCACUACCGCGAUCGGUGUAGAAGCAUCAUCACCACCUGAUCAAGAUAAUGCGGAUGCCGGAAACGCUGGUGGGCCAGGAUUCACACAUCAGCAUUCGCUAGAUUCAUCUGCUCAAACAUCUAUUCGGCAAGUGGAGUCGUUACAGUUCGAUGUAGGCGUGAUGUGUGCGGAUCCGCUGGAUAAGAUACUAGAUCACAAGAUGGUACGUGAAAAGCUGCUUGAGAUGGAAAAGAAGUUGGAGUCGCUGCGUAAAAAGCACGAUAAGGAAAAGAUCAAAAUUGUCAUACACAAGUCCAGUCCACUGGAUGGAAACAAAAGGCCAAUGUUCAACAUUGCCAGCAAACUGAAGAAACGGCUUAGCAAUAAGAGUCUCGAUAUUGGCAUUGAGGUGCCACCCUGUGUGCCAGAUAUUGCGGAUAUCAAUGAGGACUCAUCUGACGCAGCAGCUAGUAGUGGGGUAGAAAACUCAUCACUGGGGUCACGCUCGCUACAAGAGCGAAUGCUUGCCUCGUGCCGAGAAAAUUUAUUACAGUACCGUUGUAUUCAGGAGAAAUACCAUGAGAUAAUCUAUGAGUUAGCGGACAAGGUUUUGCGUAAUUCACAGGCAAACCAAAUGAAACAAUUGAAAGUCUCCCUUGAUCGAGUAACCUCUGAGGUAAUGCAUCAACUGCAGGAGGCGCGUCGAACCGAAGUGAAAAACUUGUCAUCCGUGCAUCGUGAUCGUGAUGAGUUGAUUAGAAUGAAGCGUGAAGUAGCCAGUUCGGUAGUGGAACGUGGUGUUGCAGAGCGAGUACGUUUAAAACAGACUUUCGAUAAACGUACCGAUGAUCUGCAAAAGCAACACGAAUUAGUGCGGAAUGCUCUGAUGGAACACCGGAACAAGGCCCAGCAAAUACUCGAAAAGGAAGCCGCAUCUCGUACCUGCAUUUCAACCAAUGGAUUCUUAGUACUAUUCCAAGACUCCAGUAGCGCCAGUGGUGCAGCGGCAUCUAAAUCUGCUUUUAGUAAUAAUCGCUCACUGAACUCAAUUUGUGGAAAUACGAUUUCUCCGGCGCGUUUGAGUAACAGUAUAACGGAUAAUACCGGUGGCAGGAAUAAAGAUCAUUUGGAUAGCAGUGGAGUUGAAACUGAUGGUGAAUCUUGUGCUGGUGCUGCGGCAAGCGUUUAAACGCCAGAUGUUUACAAUAAAACAGCAUGUACUCAAACAUACAAAUUAAUCAAAAUCUAUAAGCGAAUAAUUCUAUUGCAAAAGUAAUAUAUAAUGCAGUGCGGAAACUAAAUUAAAAAGAACAAAGAAAAUAUUAAAACUCAUGAAAUUUGAUGGAUAAACAUCUGUGUAUUCGACAAAGCAUUAUUCGAUUCAGUUACAUACAUCCUAUUUAUUUAGAAGCAUUUACUUAAUACCCUGAAACUAGGCAAAUUCAAAAAUAAAAUCAGCUGCUCAGCUACCAUUACCUUGUGAAAAUUCCUCUUGCCCUGAAAGAUGAAAUCGAAGCGAGGAUAAGAUAAAAUGAGAGAAACUGAUGUAUGCAGUUUUUUUCUUUGUGGGAUAAGUUUUAUUAAGGUCGGAUAAAAACCACGCCUACUUUUAUUUGCAAAGAUUAAAUAUGUCCGCUAGUCAGAUGUUAUUACCUAUAACUCUCAUUGUCUAUGAGUUUGUUUAACACCCAAACUUAAUUCGGGCUGGCUGUCGAAUUAAAUGUAAGUGAAAUGUGCGCGCGUGCAGAACCGACAAUGUUAGUACUAUUUUUAUGCAAGCUUCGUUAUUUACUUUGCUUUCUACAGAAACACAAGCAGUAACGAAAAGGUUAACACCAAGCUGGUGGUGCUACUAAAACAGCUGACUAUGAAAUGAAUGCGACGUUGUUCCGAAAAGUAUUUAGUUUUCAUCACUCAGCAAAUGGGAAGAAGAAAUGUGAACUUAUUUUCUCUGUUUCCAGCUGAGUUGAUUACUGCCCCACAGUAAGUCGAAGCAAAUGGUUUCGAAAGAUUUACUGCUGCUGCAAACAGUAAUUUUUCGUGUGACCCUUCGUUUGUAUAUAGAAGCUUGUUAUGCUUCCUACGUCUGUGGCUGCACUUGAAUAAUGCUCGAGCGAUUUAAAAAUAAGCAAAAUUGUAAAGAACAUGUUUUCCCCAGUUUAAUUAUUUUUAGUACAAUUUAUAAUUAAAAAAAUAUAUAUAUAAUAUUAUGGAUUAUUAAUUUUAUAGUUAAAAUGUAACACAAACUAAAAAAGGUAAAUUUCACUUUUGGUAUUUAUUUAUAGUACAAGAUCCCGCCUAUGGUCGACCUUUACCGAUUUAACAUACAGUGAACCAAUAAAUUUUUUCACACCAAAGGUUUUGUUCUUGAAAAGUAACUAAAAUAAUAUUUGAUUUUUUUUGAAUCAGUAGAAACAAUUUAUUUUGUGAAAUUCUUUUUACUACCCAAAACUUCAAAAAACAAAACGAGCUCCUUUUCAAGGACCAAAAAAAUCUUGUACAUCAUCUGUUAAUUAAAAAU